UCUUAAUGAAAUUGUAUAACGGCAAUUUCAAAGUUUGUUGGACUCAUGCAGAUGGAGGAAAAUUUAUUUCAUUUAAAGAAGCAUACUUAGCUGAUCGUAAAACAGCGGAUAUUAAUGAAAUUUUAGCGGCUCAAAAUAUACAAAUUAUAAAAUUAACAGAAGAACAAAUAAGCCAUUUUAAGGUUCUAGAAAGAACGGUCAAGAAUCAGAUUGUACAACCUUUAAAAAAAAUUAAUCCACAAUUAGUUUCUCACAUUUUUCGGAGUAAUCCAAAUAUAGAUAACGUAUCUCAUGAAAGCAUAUUUAGUUUGCUAAAAUUUAUCAUUCAAGAUAAGGAUUUGUCUCGAGAAAGUCUCAUUGGAUUAAAGCUGCUACCACUUAGUGAUGGGACUGUUGGAAUAUUUGGUGAUCAGGAACGUUAUAUUGCAGAAUCAAAACUGCAAAGACUAUUCCGUGAUGCAGCGAAAUUAUCGAAAUUUAUAGCAGAAUAUCCUAAAGAACUUAAAGAUCUUUUCAAUGAUAAAAAAUUCUGUAAUUCAGCUAAAAUUAAACAAAUAAAUGCAUCUUCAAUAAUCACUUUAUUAGAAUAUGAGUUACCACGCGAUAAAGAAUUAGAUUGGAACCCGAAUAAUAAAUAUUAUCCAAAUAAAGAAUGGAUCAGGCAAAUAUUAAGAUAUUUUGUGCCUCUAAAUGCGGCUUAUGAAUUUUCGAAAUUUGCAAGACUUCCAUUAUUGCCAAUAAUUAAACCGCAAGAAAAGCUUGUAUUAUUUGAUUAUCUAAAUCCAGUAUUAGCCUAUGAUUCCUCGAAUCCGAUGACUUCAAUUCUUGUUAAAUUUGGGGUUAGAUUUACAAAUCAUGAAUUUCCAGAUGAAUGUAAUCAAAAUUUAAAACAAUGCAUAUUGAAAUCAAAUUUUAUUAAUAUGAUGAAAUGCCUUGAGAGAGCUAUAACACUGUCUAAAAAAUCAGUGGAACAACUAUUUAGCGAAACAUUAAAGCCAUUUGAAAUUAAUAACUUUAGAAACUUUAAAAAUGCUGUCAUACCAUUCCUUAAAACAUUACCAAUUUGGCCAACUAAGUCGUUGGGAAUGAAUACUUUUAUAUCUGCAAAUUCUGGAUUAUUAAUUCCACAAGAUCUUCCGCUUUUUUCAUCAGAAGAGAAUUCCAAAGUUUUUAAUGCAGAAUCGGAAGAUGAUUAUUGUACAUUAUAUGCGCUUGAAGUUCAAAUAUUAGAUCCAUUAGAAUAUGUCAGGAAUAAUAUUAUCCCUUACUUGUUAGCCUUAGGGCCUACUAAUGAAAGUUUAGAUUUAUUAAAAUCUGUCAUUUCAUUAGAAAAUAAAGACAUUGAAAGCUGUUUGGCGCUGUAUCCUAUAAUUCCAAAUAAUUCAUUAACAAAGCUUGUUAAAGCGAAUGAACUAUAUGAUAGUAACAAUUACUUAUUUUAUUCAACAUUUAAUGAAUCUGAUAAGUUUUUACAUCGGGAUUUAUGUUUAAAUUCAGAAUGUUUUGAGGCGAUAAAAAAGAUGGGAUUAAAUUACCAAGUUGGUUCCCAAAAUUUCUUGGACUGUGCUUAUGAAAUUCAAUCAAAAAUAGAUAAUAAUACUAUCAACAUUAAUGACACAUCGUUAUAUGCUAUAAGAUAUUUGUAUCAAAAUUAUUCAAAAAUGAAGUUCACCAAAAAUCAAUUGCAAGAGUUGAUAACUAUAAGGUUUAUACCUGCUGACUUGGAUCUUCCAUACCUAUAUGCAGAACAUGCAAAGGAAACUUCAACAGGAUUUGAAUCAUUUAUUUCAUUACGUUGCCAAGCUUAUAAAAACCUUUGUUGGACUCAAUGUCCACUAUUUAAUAAAUCUAUAGAUCCACCUGCAUCAUUUUUAAAAUCAAUAAACCAAACCGGUCACCCGACAAUUGAUGAAAUUAUAAAAAAUUUAAUAAUUAUUGCUUCAAAAAUAUCCAAAUCAUCAGACGAUUCUUCUUGGAAUUCACAAAAUGGAGUUAAAAUAUUUUUAGAAAUAUUAAGCGAAAAUUAUUAUAUAUUAAAUCAAAUAGUAGAAAGUUCAAAUGAUGACAAAAUUUUCAUAGAAAGUAAUUUACCAAAAGACGCCAAGUUAUUCUUAAAUAAUGAUGUUGAUCCUUUUAAUCCCAAUAAUUGGGUAGCAGGGCAAGAUAUAGUUUUCGGGGUGGAGGAUGAUGUUACUGUUGAAUUGCGUAAGGUCCAUCCGUUUUUAAAAGAUUACAAAAAAUUAUUAAAAGUCUUGGGUGCUAAAGAAUUGGAAAAAAUUAAUUAUAAAGUUAAAGUUAGGAAACAUUCACAGAAAGAUGAAUUGUUUAAAAAGUUGUUGGAAAACUUUAGGCAGCAAGAAGAAAUUAAGCACGACGUUUUGUUUGAAGUUGGCGAAAAUAAUACUUGUAUUGAAAAGAUCUAUGCCAACACUGCAUCUUCACAAUUUGAGAUGCUUCUAAACAAUAGUUUUAAUUACAAAUUCUCAGGAUCUCAAAGAGUAAAAAUUGUCAAAAUUGAGGGAACUAAACCUCAAACAUUCAGAAUAUAUGGAAUCCAACCUUCUGCAUUCCGUAUAUUGAUCCGUUGGUUAUAUGGUCAAUCAUAUAAGGAAGCAUUUUCUGAAGUUUUUAAUAAUAAUUUCCCGCAAGCUUUAGUACUUUUAAUUAGCUUAAUUAUACUUUCUGAUAGAUUUGACCUAGAUCCUUUAAAAGAUCAUGUGGAAGAAGCUAUAAUUAAAGGGCCCUAUAUUAAUAUUAAUAAUGUUGAUAAAAUUAAGAGAGAGGCUCAAAUUAAUCGGGCUACCCAACUACAAAGCCAUUGUGAAGAAUAUAUAAAGAAAAAUGAAAAGCUUUUCUGA